AUGACAACUUGCACCUUCUAGCCUUGAUCGUUGAUGACGCCGUCAACGACGAUAACUCGGUCAUCACCCUUUCGCCAAACACGAUGGAUCUCCUCCAGUUCUUCCGUGGCGAUGUCGUUAUCGUCAAGGGCAAGAAGAGGAAAGAUACCGCCCUUAUCGUCCUUGCUGACGAGGAGGUCGAGGACGGUGUCGCCAGAAUCAACCGCGUUGUCAGAAACAACCUUCGCGUCAGAUUGGGCGAUAUCAUCACCGUUCAUGCCUUCCCCGGGAUUAAAUAUGCCAAGAGAAUCUCCUGCCUGCCUAUCGCCGACACUGUCGAGGGUAUCACCGGCUCUCUCUUCGAUGUCUACCUCAAGCCGUACUUUUUGGAGGCCUACAGACCUGUCCGAAAAGGCGAUCUCUUCACUGUCCGUGGUGGAAUGAGACAGGUUGAGUUCAAGAUUGUGGAUAUGGAGCCUUCAGAGUACGGUAUUGUUGCACAGGAGACUGUCAUCCACUGUGAGGGCGAUCCUAUCAACAGAGAGGAUGAGGAGAACAACUUGAACGAGGUUGGAUAUGACGAUAUCGGUGGAUGCCGAAAGCAGAUGGCUCAGAUUCGUGAGCUUGUUGAGCUUCCGCUUCGCCACCCUCAGCUGUUUAAGAGUAUUGGUAUCAAGCCCCCUCGUGGAAUUUUGAUGUUUGGACCUCCUGGUACCGGAAAGACAUUGAUGGCGCGAGCUGUUGCGAACGAGACUGGAGCGUUUUUCUUUUUGAUCAACGGACCGGAGAUCAUGUCAAAGAUGGCGGGAGAGUCUGAGAGCAAUCUGCGCAAGGCGUUUGAGGAAGCCGAGAAGAACGCGCCGGCUAUUAUCUUUAUCGAUGAGAUUGACUCGAUUGCGCCCAAGCGAGACAAGACCAACGGAGAGGUCGAGCGAAGAGUUGUGUCUCAGCUGCUGACGCUUAUGGAUGGUAUGAAGGCGCGGGCCAAUGUUGUUGUGAUUGCUGCGACCAACCGCCCGAACGCGAUUGACCCUGCUCUCCGUCGAUUCGGCCGAUUUGACCGAGAGGUUGAUAUUGGAAUUCCGGACCCUACUGGACGACUUGAGAUUCUUCGGAUCCACACCAAGAACAUGAAGCUUGGGGAUGACGUUGAUCUUGAGACGAUUGCGGCUGAGACCCAUGGAUACGUCGGAUCUGAUUUGGCGUCUCUGUGCUCUGAGGCUGCUAUGCAGCAGAUUCGAGAGAAGAUGGAUUUGAUUGAUCUCGAGGAGGAGACUAUUGAUGCCGAGGUUUUGGACAGCCUGGGAGUUACUAUGGACAACUUCCGAUUUGCGCUUGGAGCGUCCAACCCGUCAGCGUUGCGGGAGACAGUUGUGCAGAGCGUGAAUGUUACUUGGGACGACAUUGGAGGAUUGGACAAGGUUAAGCAGGAGUUGAAGGAGACUGUGGAGUACCCUGUUUUGCAUCCGGAGUCGUAUGCCAAGUUUGGGUUGUCGCCCUCGCGAGGAGUGUUGUUUUACGGACCUCCUGGUACCGGUAAGACUUUGCUGGCCAAGGCUGUUGCGACCGAGGUGUCUGCGAACUUCAUUUCGGUGAAGGGACCUGAGCUGCUGUCGAUGUGGUUUGGAGAGUCCGAGUCGAACAUUCGGGAUAUCUUUGACAAGGCGAGAGCCGCAGCGCCGUGUGUAGUGUUUUUGGACGAGUUGGAUUCGAUUGCCAAGUCACGCGGAGGGUCUAUGGGAGAUGCCGGUGGAGCGUCUGAUCGGGUUGUGAACCAGCUUUUGACAGAGAUGGACGGUAUGGGAGCGAAGAAGAACGUGUUUGUUAUUGGAGCUACCAACCGACCUGAUCAGAUUGACCCCGCGUUGCUUCGACCGGGUCGAUUGGACCAGUUGAUUUACGUGCCGUUGCCGGAUGAGGAGUCGCGACUUUCUAUUUUGAAGGCGCAGCUACGCAACACGCCGCUUGAGCCCGGGUUGAACCUGCGGGAGAUUGCACAGAUUACGCAUGGGUUCUCUGGAGCCGAUUUGUCGUACAUUGUGCAGAGAGCGGCCAAGUUUGCGAUCAAGGACAGCAUUGUUGCGGCUGAGGCUGCUGAGAAGGAGGCCGGAGAAGAGGAUGUUGCAAUGGAAGAUCCUGUUCCGUAUGUGAACAAGAGCCAUUUCGAGGAGGCUAUGGUUACUGCGCGCCGAAGUGUGAGCGAUGCGGACCUGCGCCGGUACGAGGCGUAUGCGAACACGUUGCAGAUGUCUCGGGGCGGAUUUGGCAACUUCCGGUUCAGCAACGAGGAGGCGGAGGCGGCAGCGGCUGCGGGAGGCACUACGACCGAGAGCCAGUCGGCGGCGUUUGGCGCGGAGGAGGGCGACGACGAUUUGUACAAUUGAGUGAUUGAAGAAUCGGAGGUUGCUGAGAGUAGUUAUUGUUAGUUGUUAGUUUAUAUUUAGUUGUUAUAAGUUAUAUAUAUUUGAUAUUGUGAAUUGCAAGAAUAAAUGGGUGCGAGUAAAGAAGAAGGAGAGAGAAGGGGAUGACAGGCGAGUAA